CCUCUCGUCUCUCCGCUUCCCCAACUUCCUGUCUUCCUACAUCUCUCACGAGGACCCCCCCGCAUGGAUCGAACAUGACGAACCUCGAGCUGCGUCGGCAGGUAAUCAACAUCUACAAAGAGCUUCUUUUCCUCGGGCGUAACUACCCCCUUGGAUACGGUUAUUUCAGGGACCGACUGCACCGGGCAUUUGCGUCCCAGUCGCAUCUGGAUGACGAGGAGCAGAUACGGAAGGGGAUAGCGAGGGCGGAGUUUGUCAAGAAGGAAGUUGAGGCAUUGUAUUAUUUAAAGCGAUAUCGCACGUUGAAACAGCGCUAUGAAAACAGAUAGGGCCAGUUAUGCUGUUGGGCAUCAAGCGUUGACAUAACAAGAAAUAAUAAUGAACCAAUGAAGAAUAUACAUGUGAAAAGACCAAAAAGAAGAGAAACGAAAAAAGAAAAAAAUAAAGUUGGGGUAUCAC